AUGGCCGAAGCAGAUCAGAGGCUUGCUGAUCAACGGGGAAUUACCGUCAAGGAGCUUCAUCGAGCUGGAUAUAGCGACUCGCGGUUUCUAAACUCAGGUACGGUUAUGGGUCCACUGGAUGACCUUCGCAAGUUCAUCGACGACGCGUUAUCACUGAUCGAAGACGAUUCGGAUCAGAACUUCCUCUUCCGAGACUCUUCUCAGUUUUAUAUGGCGGCUUUAUAUGCUCGUCAGGAAUAUCAGAGAAUGCGAGGCUUGAACGGGGGCGAUUUUCCUGAAGAUAUCGCUGGGAGGGAUGUACCCAGACCGAAGGGCGCCAAAGAUGAUGUGACUGAAUAUCACGUUGCAGUGGAUUUCGACUAUGCGUUCACGCAAACUGAAUGCCAUAACGACAGGUUUGUGCCCUAG